AUGCACUCAGCCCCUCCUAUAGUGGAAACCCUUCAACAGAGAGGCUGCCAGCGUCCUUUGCUACUCGCCAGAGUUUUGGUAGCGAGGACCUCAGCCCGGGUGGAGGAAGAGGAGGAGGAGGAGUCCAUCGGGAGAGUACUAGUGGAAUGGAGUAAGUGGUGUUUCGAUGAUCUCAAGACUUCAGCAGCGGUCGCGGCUGAGAAGGGAUUACAGUAUGCGUCUAAAGUAGCUCUGCUCAUCUCGAGGACCGAUCGGACAUACUUCACUACUAUCAUCAGGGUUACGAAGCUCUGUCGUCCUACAUUCGCCGACAAGGGAGCAUCAUUCAUGAUGAUGCUGAUGAUCCGGAAUAUGUCUAGCGCCUCUACUUUCCGUGCUUCACGACAACACCUCUCAUUUCGUAUGCAUACUCUAAGGGGUAUAGAUGGCAGCUCAAUCACUGAUAUCGCUAUUAGGUGGAGGAAGGUCCACGCCUAG